AUGCUCCGCAUCGUGGCCUUGGUUGUAGCUGUAGCUAUUGGAGAUGAGGAAGCUCCUGCCCAAAGCGAGGCUUUGUUCCAAAGUGCUGUCAGAGUCAUGGGCGGGAGCCACAUCCAUGAGGAACCUGCGAAGAGCCUGGACGAAGGCAUCGACAGCAUCGACUUGUUGUCCGAAAGCGACGAGGUGAAGAGCGAGGAGGCAAUCCUUGCUGCACCGGAGGAGCCGCAGCUGGAAGGCUUCGCGCUUCUCCGUGCCGACCUGAUCUGGAUUUGGUCCUUGAUCUGGCAAACGCUGACCAAGUGGUCUGGCGGUUCGGUGAUGGGUGAGUUCCGCAAGGACUUCUUGGCGUGGCUCACUGCGUUGGUGAGCUUUGCACUGACACGCUCUUUGUUGCUCCCCAUGAUCACCCCUGCGAAGAAAGUGGUGGAAGAUGAUGAGACCCAUGAAGAUCAGGAAGCAGAAGCUGAGGCCGAGGCAGAAGACAAGAUCCCUGAGACCAACCCAUUUGCCAAUGGUGGAGGCGCGCUGGAGAUCAAGCUUGACGUCACGAACCCUGUGAUGAUCCAACGCGCCAGAGAGCAACUGGAGGAAGCGGAAAAGCGAGCAGAAAUGAUCAAGAGCGCCCAGCCGGAGCACCGCGAUGUCUUCGGCUGCACGGCUCUGCAUUUGGCGGCGCACAAUUGUCACCUGGAGGACGUGGUGGAGCUCCUCAAGCGCGGCUUCGACGUGCAUGCGCAGGAGAUAAUCAUCUCCGAUAGCGCGUUGCAGGGGGUUCUUUCCUCCCACAACGCCCUCGCGAAGAAGUUCUUGGAGCUUCAGCAGGGCUUUGAUGAAUGGAAGAAGAAAGAAGAGGAGGCUGCACAGCAGCGUGCGCUUGAUGAAGAGCGGAGGCAGCAGGAAGCGAAAGCCGCCGAGGAGCAGCAGCAGAACAUGGCUGAGCGGCUCAAGACACUUGAGGACCAAGUUGCAGAGCAGGGCAAGACACAAGAGACCUUGAAAGAGAAGAUUCCCGAACUGGAGGAGAAGCGCGAGCAGAUCGAGGGCCUUCAGAAAUCGAUUGGUGAGAUCCUCAAAAAGGAGGAGGAGAUGAUGAGCAAGGUUCUGCCGGAGUGGGAAGCUGCUCUCUCCGUGCAGAUCAAGAAGCUUGGGGAGGAGGUGACCAGCUUCAAGCAAGGAAUGGAGGAUCGGAUGGCUGAGUUAGAGAAAACCGGCAACACGCGCCAUGAGGCGCUUGCGGAAGAGUUCCGCGCGGUGGAGCCCCGGCUGACACCGCUGCUGGAUGCCUUGAAGCAGCGUCUGGAUGCCACAGACGAUAACCUCGCGAAGCUCGGGGAGCGUCUGAGUGAGUCAACGGCGGAGAACGUCGCGAGCCUCGAGCAGCUGAGCGCUCAGCUGAAAGCCUCAGCAGAGGCGGCGGAAGCCUUCGCCAACAAACAGGAUGAGUUGGUGGUUGGUGACUUCAAGGAGCGCUUCGAUGGUCGCCUAAAAGAUCUGGAAGGUGCAUUGAAGCAGUCGGAGUACGUCAACCUGAUCUUCCAAGACCGCUUCAAGACGGAGUUGGCGGCGGCGGCCGAGCAGCUCACCGACCUCUACCGGGCGCGUGAUCUGCUGAACGGCGACGUCGCACAGCUCCGCACCGAUGCCAUGGCGCCGCUGGCGCCGCUGCAGGAGGCGCAGCAGCAGCUCCGGGGCGUCACGGCCAAGUUGGAAGAAGGCCUAGCUGCUUGCCAGGCAAAGGCUGCGGAGCUGGCUGGUAGCUUUGCGACGACUGCGGCCCAGCAGAGUGCCAGCCAAGGGUCUCUCAAAGGCCGCGUAGAAGCUGACUUGCAACGGCUGGAGACGUCCGCCCGGGCCGAAACCCAGCAUCUCCUCCAGAUGAUCCGUGCCAACGAAGUGGCCGUCGAGCAGCUGAAGCAGCUCGAAGGCCAAGUGGUCGAGGAACGGAGAGAACGGCAGGAGCUGCGUGCGCGGCUGGAGAAGGAGGAGAGGGACCGCCAGGCUGAGAUCGUCACUUGCCAAUGGAUGGCCGAGAAGCGUGCGCAGGACGUGGAGCUGGGGGCCAAUUCUCGCUUCGAAUCCGUUCGCCACUCUGCUGAGAAUGGGCUCACCGGGGUCGAGGGCUGA